AUGCUCGGUUGCAAAGAACGAACACGUGACUUAGAAGAUGCCGAGAUCACCCGUGAGGAAGACAUGAUUUUCAACUAUCGGGAGUGGUCCCAGAAACAGCCACUUCAAUACGUGCCGGACUCUUCGGGGAUUUUCUUGCACAAAGGGUAUAUGUUUAAGAUCAAUCAAGUUGAAACCUCUCGCAAAAAAAAUGGCAACCAAUACCCGCAAACCAGAUUCGAUGUCUCCGUCUUUUGGCCAUCUUGCAAGCCCGUGUUUUCCCUACUAGAUCAUAUCCGUGACGAACAGCUAUCGAAAUAUGUUUCUUACACAUUUAUCCUUCGACCUUCUUUAGCCGUACCAACCAGUCCAGCAUGGCGGAUCGCUGCCGAACGACCCACACGGCCCGUAUCAACCAUCGAUAUCCCCUACCAUUUGAAGCAACAAAUUCUGGAAGACUUUAACGACUUUCUUCAGCCUAGAACCCGUAAGAAGUACGCAAAAGAUGGACGGCCCUAUCGUCGGGGCUAUUUAUUCUACGGGCCUCCAGGUUGUGGGAAAACAAGCUUGGGUUUCGCUCUAGGGGGCUUGCAUGAGAUUGACAUCUACUGUGUAUCACUCAACGACCCUCAUGUCACCGAAGAAACCUUGAUGGCUCUAGCCACGGAUUUACCUCUUCGGUGCAUACUCAUCCUGGAGGACAUUGAUUCCAGUGGAAUAUUUGAAUCUAAAUCCCGACAUGCAUCGAACUCGCCCAUCAGCCUUUCGUGUCUCCUCAAUUUGAUGGAUGGAAUGACGGCCCCCGAAGGUGUUGCUUUCAUCAUAACAACUAAUAAUCGAAAGAGGCUCCCAAAAGCACUCAUUCGUCCAGGAAGAGUGGACAUGGAGAUUGAGUUCGAACUGGCAGCAAAGCAGCAGAUCAAGGAUUUAUUCAUUCGCAUGUAUAAUCCGGAAACGGACAUUCUUUCUAAACGUCCAAGAAAGCUCAGCGAUAUCUUUUCACCCAGGGAUCCCGACACUGCUGAUGUGCAGCUAGUCCAGCCAGACAAAUCGAAUGAAGCUUCAAUCUUGUCAAAACGGGAUUUUGAAGUAUCAAUCAACUCUGGACUUCGUUCAUUGGCGGACCGAUUUACUCAAGAUAUCCCUGAUCAUUGCUUACAGCCUCGCUGAGAUCCAAGGGUUUCUGUUAUUACAUAAGAAUGAUCCACAUCAGGCGAUUACUUACAUUGAUGACUGGAUAAAGAAACACCCAUUUAAAAAGGACGACAGUCAUGAACAAAAGGAGGAAGUUCGUGAGACCAGCAAUAGCGGAUAGGCGGCACUUGACAUAGAAUUGGUCACGGAAGGAGCGACCCACUCCUGUUAGCCAGGUGAAGUUUCCAAGCGGCGUAAAUAAAUGCAAACAUGCUGCGGGAAUAAGGAGAGAGACAGAACUUUCUGUCUUUGGCAUUGCAUGCUUAUUUCCUGCAGGUCUUGAGAAUGUGAAGUUACCUUGGUUUGCUUCAGUAUCAGCAACCGGCUUAAGGAGGCCACUUUAGGUGAGAUGGGCAUGAAGCU